GGCAAGAAGAGAGAAUAAAACCCGUUUGGAGACAGGAGAGUUGUAUUAGCAGAGGGAGGUGGGUCAGAAUUACAUACACAAGCACACCCACACCACACACCCCGCCCUUUCCCCCAGCCAGCUUCCUGCUUUGCUAGGACAGAGGCUAGGACAGAUUGAACAGCAAAGGGAAGAACGGGGAAGAGAAAAAAGGAGCGAGAAGGAGCAGAAAAGAGAUGAGAGAAAAAACGAAGUAGAUGACCACACACACAGAAGUGAAACUUUAGAUUUAUUGCUUGGAAAAAGGAGGCCAGGCUAGUGUAACAAAGUCUCCCUGUGGUUUGCUACCUUCCCACUCUCACUGCUCAUCAGCAUUUUAUAAAAAGAGCUACCUUCGGAGUACAAAAGGAGCCAAGGUCUCUGCCUCAGGUCAGGGAAAGGAAGGUAAAGAACAGAGUCAAAAGAGGCUUUCAGACAGUUCCUUGGGAUGAAGAGAGAAGGCAAGAGGACAUGUCUGGAACUGGCUCUGGAAGGCUGUCUCUGAUCUCUGUUCCCCCAGCUGCCCAGCCUUCUCCCAUUGCCUGCCAUCAAAAUCCACAUCACCAUGUGGGUAGAGUCACACUGGAGAGGCAUCCGCCAGGCUCUGUUGUUUGUCUUCACCGCAGCGCUUCUAAUUGGGGUCACCAUGCUGGCUAUCUCCUCUAACAUCAACCCAGUGGGAUUCUUCUUCCUGGGGGUCGGGGGGGUGUGCCUGAUUGGCUACCUGCUGAGUGUGUUUGUGGAGUGCUUCCUAAAGCAACGGCAUGUACAGGAGACAACUCAGGCAGCCACAAGGAGGCAGAGCCAGGCAGGGGUGAAUGCUGCCUAUGAAGCACCAGCCUAUGAGGAGGUGGUGACAAUGACACCAGCCCCGACAGUCUGGACAAUCACCUCCAAUUCUGGCACCGUGUCCUCAACAGUUGGGGAGCCCCCCCCAUACAGUGUGGUCAUUGAGCCACCCAGCAUGGCAGAGACUGGGGUGGAGACCUUCAGCGUCUCAGUGGCAUCAGGCACCAGGCGCGCCUCUGAGGCAGAUGCGGGCUCCAGGCUGCACCUUAGGUUGGUGCUGCCCCCUAGGAUGCAGCGGUUUGCCUCUGAUAUCCAUGAUGUCAAAGGUGCUGAAGAGAGGCUGGAGGGAUUGGAGCUACUCACCCCACCACCUGAUUAUGAGAGUCCCACUGAUGAUGACGUCUUUGCAGAAGUUUUCCAGCCCUCAAGACAGUGAUAAAACAGACAGAGCUUGGUUGUUAUGGAUGAGGCACCUAGCCCAUAUAGUGCCACCACAAACUGGAGAAAGUGGCGCAGUGUUGUGACUCAUAUCAUGGGAGCACAAUGCAGGAUGUGGGGCUAGGGUUGCCAGAUGGAUACAAGAAAAAUACCGGACACACUUGACAUUAUAUCACAAUGUACAUUACAUCUUUUUUAGAAAAUACCGGACAUUUCUAUUUUCUCAUUUCUAUUUUCUCAAUUUGUUUCCUGAACAGAAAGCUCAAAUACUGAACUGUCUGGUUCAAAACCGGACACCUGGCAACCCUAUGUGGGGCAAAAGCACAACACUGAGACCAGGGCUGUAGUCUGGAAGUGUGAAGAGGAUAAUGCACAAAAGGCCCCUGUUCCAGUACACACAGUACACUCUGUACUUCUCCACACACAAUGUCCCCUCUCUCCUUCACUUCCUACAUAUACUACUCACUGUCCACUACCCACUCCAACACCAUCCACUAUUUUCUACACAUACACACACACACUAUGCAUUACCUCCCUACAUGGACAAACUACAAACAAACACAGACUCCCUCACUCACACACACAUACAAUCUGUUAUUCCCUGCACAAACACAUUUACUGCUUCCUACAAACAUAUAUGUACUAUGUAACUUCUCCAACUCUCAUGAACCCACCAUCCUUACGCACACACAUAUGCCAAUGUCCUGUAGCAUUUCUUAGAUUUCAUGCUAUCUUGGCACCUUCUUCAGAAACUGAGCUCUCCCAGAUAUGAUACAAUAAUGAUAUAAUAAGUCCAAAACAGACUGUGAAGAUUUACAAGGAUGCCUAACAAAACUGAGUGAAAGGGCAACAAAAUAACAGAUGAAAUUCAAUGGUGAUAGUUGCAAAGUAAUGCACAUUGGAAAUCCCUAUUGUAUGUAUAAAAUGAUGGGGACUAAAUUAGCUGUUACCACUCAACAGAAAGAUCUUUGAAUCUUUGUGAAUAGUUCUCUGGAAAUAUCCACUCAAUUUGCAGCAUCAAUCAAAAAAGCUAAAAGAAUGUUUAGAAUUUUUAAGACAGGGAUAGAUGAGAAGACAGAAAAUAUAUUACCUCUAUAUAAAUCUUAUGUUAUGCCCAUAUCUUGCAGAUCUGGUCACCCCAUUAAAAAAAUACCUUGGCAUUGGAAAAUGUUUAGAAAAAGGUGACAAAAAUAAUAAGGGAUAUGGAACAGCUUCA